ACAACUUAUUAUAAAUUAAAUAAUUUUAUAACUGAAGAGCAUAAGGAUGAAUAUAAGACUUAUAAUACAUCUUAUAUUUUCCUUUAUAUAUAUUUUCUCUUCUUUUAUUUAUGCAGAAACAGACUAUUAUAAAAUCCUUGAAGUAGAUAGAAAUGCAAAUAGUAGAGAUUUAAAGAAAGCAUAUUAUCGUCUUUCAAAAAAAUGGCAUCCAGACAAGAAUGGUGGAGAUGAAAAGAAAUUUCGAGAUAUAUCACAUGCGUAUGAGGUAUUAAGCAACCCGGAAAAACGUAGGAUCUAUGAUAUGAGUGGAGAAGAUGGAUUAAGGGAACAUGAAGAAUAUGGUGAUGCGAAAAAUCAUGAUCCAUUUGAUAUUUUUUCGAGGUUCUUUCAAGGAGGAUUUCAUGAAGAGAAAAAAGGACCAGAUAUUAGGAAAGAUAUAGAAUUAGAACUAGAAUCAUUAUAUUAUGGAGGAAUUCAUAUAGUCGAUGUUGAUAAAGAAGUAUUAUGUAAUCAUUGUAAAGGAUCGGGACGAGAUCCUAAACAUAAAGAUAGUUUAGCACGUUGUAGUGAAUGUAACGGAAGAGGAGUUCAACUUAUACGUCAAAUGAUAGCCCCAGGAAUGUUUCAAACGUUUCAAAUAAUUUGUGAUUCAUGCUCUGGACAAGGACAUGUGAUAUCACAUCCAUGUACUCUCUGUAAUGGAAAAAAGGUUUUAAGAAAGAACGAAAAGUAUACGUUAAAUAUCCCACCGGGUGCACCCUAUGGUUAUCAAUUUGUUUUUGAAAAUGAAGCAAACGAAAGUCCAGAUUGGGUGGCAGGUGAUCUUUAUAUUGUUAUUACUGAAAAACCCUACUCGAAAAGUGGUUGGAUACGAAAAAACAAUGAUCUAUAUCGCAUCGAAAUGAUUUCUCUUUCAAAUGCAUUACUAGGGGGCUGGAGUCGCAAAAUUAAGCUAUUUAAUAAUGAAUAUUUUAAUAUAACAAAACAAGCGGGUCAUAUUGUGCAAUCAAAUCAUGUUGAUGUAUUUCCACAAAAAGGGAUGCCAGUAUGGAAUUCAUUAGAGAAAUCGGGUAAAUUAGAUAGAGGUAAUGUUUAUAUCGAAUGGAAAGUAAUUCUCCCAGAACUUAAACUAAAUGAUCCUCUUCGAAAAAAAUUAGAGAAAAUUCUUAAAAAAUAAUUUUUACUCAUUAUACCAAACAAAUAGUCAUUUUGAACAUAUAUAU